AUGCAAGUCUUCUUCGCCUUCGAAAUAAUCUACACCCUGUCCAUCUCCGCUCUCAAAGCCUCAAUCCUCUUCUUCUACAUCCGCGUCUUCAGCAUGGUCAGCCGCACCUUCAGCCUCGUCCUCUGGUGCACCCAGGCCUUCAAUUUCUUGUUUUGUUUCGCCUUCACCGUCGCCAACCUGAACCAGUGCCGCCCCUUCAGCAACGCUUGGGAAGGCUGGGACGGCCGCCACCCGGGAUAUUGUAUUAAUGUCUACGCCAUGUUCAUCGCGCACGCCGCCAUCAAUAUCGCGCUCGAUGCGUGGAUGUUGGGAUUGCCCGUCACGCAGGUGCUGUGGUUGAAUUUGAGAAAGAGGCAAAAGGCUGAGAUUGUGGUUAUGUUUUCGUUGGGUAUUGUGUGA